UUUUUUGUUCCAGGUUUGAAUGCGUGCGAGAGUAAAUCUUUUCUCUUUUUAAAAAAAGAGCUGCCUGUCAGGCUCGCGAAUAUAAUGAAAGAGAUAGCGCUACUGCCAGAGAACCUACUACGGAUGCCGUCAGUCGGUCUGGUCAACCAAUGGUACGAGAGGUCUUUCGAGGAGAUCAUCCAGUUUGAGCAAAUGGAGCCUGAUCCACCGAUACUCAGCUCAUUCUGUGAACGUCUAGUGCACAUACGCAACCGUCACGCAGAUGUCGUCCAAACCAUGGCUCAAGGUGUACUGGAACUGAAGGAGUCCCACGAAGUCGACCCUAGCACGGAGAACUCCAUCCAGUAUUUCUUGGACCGCUUCUACAUGAGCCGCAUUUCUAUAAGAAUGCUUAUCAAUCAACAUACACUCCUCUUUGGCGAGCAAAUCGGUCCAAGACAGGCAUCAGUGACAGGUAUUGGCAGCGGCGGCCGCCAUAUUGGGUCCAUUGACCCCGCCUGUGAUGUCGCCGCUGUAGUGCGGGACGCUUAUGAAAACGCGAGGUUUUUGUGCGACAGAUACUACUUGGCUUCUCCUGAGUUACAGCUGCUCCAGGAUGGAGUACCAUCCCAAGGCCCGAUGCCGAUUGUGUACGUGCCGUCCCAUUUGUACCACAUGCUGUUUGAGUUAUUCAAGAACUCCAUGCGAGCUGUGAUGGAGACACACGAGGAAAGUCCACCGCCUAUCACCGUCAACCUGGUUCGAGGACAGGAGGACGUUUCAGUCAAGCUAUCAGACCGCGGCGGCGGCAUCCCGCGCAGCGUGUCGGACUUGUUAUUCAAGUACAUGUACAGCACGGCGCCACAACCCUCCAAGUCUGAUGCACACACCGUGCCCUUAGCUGGGUAUGGGUACGGCUUGCCGAUCUCUCGGCUGUAUGCUCGCUACUUCCACGGCGACCUGAUGCUGAUGUCGUGCGAAGGUUACGGUACAGACGCCGUCAUCUAUUUGAAGGCUCUAUCAAACGAAGCGAACGAACUGCUACCGGUGUUCAAUCGAACGUCAACGAAAUUCUACAGGCCGGUCACACAACUCGCGGACUGGUCCGGAUCGCUCAACACAAGCAAUGCACAAUGCAAGAAUCGAGAUAAGGUCUCGCCCCUCUCCUCCCCAGUCUCCCAUAGCCUAUAG